GGUGGUGAGCGUGGGGCGGGAGGGGACAGAACUAUUCACUUACUGCCGAGAAAUCAGAUACUUCCCAGACAAAGCUGCAGCUCAUAAGGAAAGCGAAGGCUUGCCGCUUAAAGCACACGUAUAAAUCCCAAAUGAAGUCAGAUUUCGUCUUGUUGUGAGAUGUACGAUUCGAGGAACCGCAUGAUCAACAGUUACUGAUUUUACCAGCGGCGUGAACCCCGAAUUAACACGUGACCGAUUAAGGUGGGAAAUUUCUACCACGUAUAUAUAGAGAAAGCCAGAGGUUCAGUUCGUGAACAUUGGAGAUACAACUGGUGACUUGCUGAUAAACAUUAACUGGAGAGCUGAUCACUUCAGAAAGAUGAAAACUGUAUUGUUACUGAUUGUACUAGGAGCUCAUUUACCCUUGGUGACAGCUAUUUUUAUGGUCACAGCCCCCAGAUCAUCCUACAUUGCAUCCUAUGGGAAUAACAUUACAAUGGAAUGUCAGUUUCCAGUUGAAUCCAACUUUAAUGCAAACCAAAUAAAGGUGUACUGGCAUUACGUGCUGGGUGAUGGAACUUCCCGAUUAGUUUAUCAAUUGAUUAACGGAGAACCAGCCCUUCAGGCCCAACCUCGGGAAUACCAAGAACGAGCUUUUCUGCUGUUGGAUGAACUCCAAAGAGGUCGUGCGGUGCUGGAGAUUAACCAAGUCAGAGUUUCUGACGCAGGGACCUACCGCUGUCUUAUUGAUCUCAAUGGAGUGGAUUAUAAAGAGACUGAACUGGAAGUCACAGCUUCUUACAAAAACAUAGAGACCAUCAAAACAAAAGAACCAAAAGAGACCAAGUUUGUCUGUCAAUCUGUAGGAUAUCCUUUAGCUGAGGUUAUCUGGUAUUAUGCGAAUGGAUCUGACAUUAAUGAAACAGCAAAUACCACCCACUUUACUGGCUCUGAUGGAUUGUACAAUGUCAGAAGUGUACUAAGAAUAAAGACAGAGACUAAUGAUGCUUAUUUGUGUAUGUUCUGGAAUAAGGAGCUUAACAUGAAUACUUCAGCUAUUUUACACAUUAAAGAAGUGGAAGAGACAGAUGACAUUUUUAUUUUCCCCUCAACGAAGAGGAGUUAUCUCAUUGCAACAAUUGUUGUUCCUGUGACAAUUCUACUUGGAUUCAUUAUGAUUGUAUCCUGCAUCCUAAAGUCAAGACAAAGUGAGCAAGGUAACAAAAAAGCCUCUGAAACCAGCUUAUUAUUAUGAAGCUUUCACUGUCAAAAUUGGGAAUGCUUUCAAACCCUAAAGCGUGUGAUUUUUGCUUUUGGAAACUGAGAAUUGUGUAUAUUUCUACAAGACCAGCUGACUGUUGAAUACCACACAAAGUCUCAUCUUUUUGUUGGCGAUGCAGAGAAAAUGCAACUUUAAAAAUUAUCCAUCAACUGCUUAACUUGCCAGGAUUCUACUCACUAAGCACAUUGACUGAACUGCUCUUCAGGUGCAUUGUGUGAAACUACUGUUUUUGAAUUUGAGUCUGGCAGUAUGGUGACAGAAUUGGUUGCAUAAUUCUCUGAAAUUGGUAUCUUACCUGUGGAAUUGGAUCUAGAUACAAUGCUCUUUGGAGUGGUUUCCAGUAGCUUCACAAAAUAGGCCUUGUGUAUGGGCUGAUUUUUCUCCUAAUAAACUACCAUUGUGCCUGGAAAUAUGAGCAGAAGUAAAAGUUCUGCAACAUUAUUUAAAUUCAACUCAACUUUACUUACAAGACAAAAAUCCCAUUAGAAUCAUGUCACCAACAGCCAAAGAUUCUUGAAACCAGACAGCUGGGAAAGUUUAUUUUGUAGGGAUUUAUGGAAGGGGAAUUUAUUGCUAAUUGUUGGUUGAAGCCACAUCCAGUUGCAGCAUGUGGAUUUAUUUUAUCAGUGUGACCCUGUUCAGAAUCGGAGGAGUAUCUCUGCCACAAACCAGUGGUGUUUUAAGCUGCUGCAUUGGACUGUGUUGGGGAUUUUUGUAAGCAGUUUGCUCGUACACAAUAGGAAGAAGAAGAGGAGCAGAAAAAUUCCAUUCUGAAUGCUUGGAUCUGGUACAACAUCUUCAAAAUCUCUGAAGUUGUCAAUCAAAUUCGAAUGUGCUUCAUGUAUCUACCUCCAGAUUUUUAUUACUCUUUCUCCCUUCCAAAGUUCUGUGACCAUUCCCAGCCUGGGACUUUGAGACCAGUAACCUUUCAAUCUUAGUUAGGGCCCCAGUGAAGUUAUGGGUGUUGUACCUAUUUCAGAAGUUUCUCCCUUCCCUCCAGUGAAUAUCAAAAAUAUUUAUCUGCUCGAUUGCUAAACCUGACAAUCAUUGAAAAUCACUCUCUCAAGCAGGGAGAGGCUUCAGAAGAAGACCCAGAGCCAAAGUUUGAAAGAGAACAAAAACGCCUGACAUGAGGCCACUAUUUGAGUUUUCAAUAAAUAAAGCUUCAGAAUUGUGAACUUGAAGUCUGACUGUUCUGGCAGAAGUAGAGUGAAACUUAAUGUUUAAAGAGUAGCAAAAGCAACCUAGUUUCAUGUAUUGGAAUACCAUGUAAACUUUUUGAAAAUGUUUGUUUUUUAAAGACGUGUAGAAUGAAGUAAACUAAUGUGUGGUCACAUGUAGGCAUAUUAUUUUGCCAGACUGCAAUUUUGUUUUUUUUACUGUUUUUAUCAAGUUUAGUAAUUUCAGUUAUGUCAAAACGGAGUUGUUUAUUUUAAAUUCCCUGUGCUAGUUGCAAGAAGGUAGAUUGAACUCUUUGCCAGUGUUCAUAUAUGAUUGAUAAUUUCCUGCCUAGAAAAAGUUAAGCAAGUUUUUUUUUUUAAAAAUUUGGCUAACCUGCCUCAAUUCUACCUUGUGUAUUCUAUGAAUAAGCUCAAUUUGAUGUAAGUUAUUAACAACUGUGAAUUUUUGCCUUUGUUUAAAUAGAUUUUAUUUAUACAAUUUUUUUGUAUGGUUAUGUAAAUAUAUUUAGAAAAACAACAAAUUGUUUUGAAAACGUAUACAAAAAUAUACAUUUAAAAUAAAUGUAAAAUCAAUUACCUCA